AGCCACUCUCACCUUCUGAGACAUCAGCAUUCUGCCUAUGGAAUGUGUAUCCUGCAAGGCCACUCUCACCUUCUGAGAUGGCCCACACUCUGUGGAGUGUGUUUCUUCCCAGAUAAAUCUGCUUGCACACUACAUGGCUUGCUUCUAAAUUCUUCCCUACGUGAAGCUAAGGACCCUCACUUGGCAGCCUGUCCCCAGGGAUGCGACCUGAGAUGUCAGCUUCUACAGCCCUUGGAUGAGAAGUAGCAAAGAAACAUAGUCCUGCAAUUACAAGGAACUGAAUUCUGCCACAACCAUGUGAACUUGGAAGAGGAUCUUGAGCUCUAGAUGAGAACUCAGCAUGGCAUAAAUCUUGAGUUUAUCCUGUGAGAUCCUAAGCAGAAAAAUCCAACUCUGAUGUGUCUGGACUUCUGACCUAUAACUUUGUGUUGCAGGUGGCGGAACCGAAAAAAGUUAUUUAUGAAUUCCAAUGAGUGGAGAUGGAUGAUGCAGUUCAAAUAACUAAGGUCAGCAUGGAUUCCUGGUUCCUUCUUGUUCUGCUGGGCAGUGGUCUGAUACAUGCUGGUGCCAGCAACACUACCACAGUUUCACCUUCAGUAGGCGUUACAAGAUCUAUUAAAGCAACUACAGCAGAAUCAUUUAAAGAAGAGACCAAAACUUCAAAUCCUACUUCUUCAGUAACUUCUCCUUCCUUGGCACCAACAUUCAGCCCAAAUCUAACUCUGGGACCCACCUAUGUAACAACCACUGUCAAUUCUUCAGACUCUGACAAUGGGACCACAAGAACAGUGAGCACCAAUUCUGUAGUCACUACAGUUUCACCAAAUGGAACAUGGCAUGUAGAUACCAGAACAGAACCUUGGGAGGGGAAUGCCAGCACUGCAGCAACCACUCCGGAAACUUUUCCUCCUUCAGAUGAGACGCCAAUUAUUGCAGUGAUGGUGGCCCUGUCCUCUCUGCUAGUGAUCGUGUUUAUUAUCAUAGUUCUGUACAUGUUAAGGUUUAAGAAAUACAAGCAAGCUGGGAGCCAUUCCAAUUCUUUCCGCUUAUCCAAUGGCCGCACUGAAGAUGUAGAGCCCCAGAGCGUACCACUUCUGGCCAGGUCCCCAAGCACCAACAGGAAGUACCCGCCCCUGCCUGUGGACAAGCUGGAAGAGGAGAUUAACCGGAGAAUGGCUGAUGACAAUAAGCUCUUCAGAGAGGAAUUCAACGCUCUCCCUGCUUGUCCUAUCCAGGCCACCUGUGAAGCUGCCUCCAAGGAGGAGAACAAGGAAAAAAAUCGAUAUGUAAACAUCUUGCCUUAUGACCACUCUAGAGUCCAUCUGACACCUGUUGAAGGAGUUCCAGAUUCUGAUUACAUCAAUGCUUCAUUCAUCAAUGGCUACCAAGAAAAGAACAAAUUCAUUGCUGCACAAGGACCAAAAGAAGAAACAGUGAACGAUUUUUGGAGGAUGAUCUGGGAACAAAACACAGCCACCAUUGUCAUGGUGACCAAUCUCAAGGAGAGAAAGGAGUGUAAGUGCGCCCAGUACUGGCCAGACCAAGGCUGCUGGACCUAUGGGAAUAUCCGCGUUUCAGUAGAGGAUGUGACUGUGCUGGUGGACUACACAGUGCGGAAGUUCUGCAUUCAACAGGUGGGGGACGUGACCAACAGAAAGCCUCAGCGCCUCAUCACUCAGUUCCACUUUACCAGCUGGCCAGACUUUGGGGUGCCUUUCACCCCGAUCGGCAUGCUCAAGUUCCUCAAGAAGGUGAAGGCCUGCAACCCUCAGUAUGCAGGGGCCAUCGUGGUGCACUGCAGUGCGGGUGUAGGGCGUACAGGUACCUUUGUUGUCAUUGAUGCCAUGCUGGACAUGAUGCAUACAGAGCGGAAGGUGGACGUGUAUGGCUUUGUGAGCCGGAUCCGGGCACAACGCUGCCAGAUGGUGCAAACAGACAUGCAGUACGUCUUCAUAUACCAAGCCCUUCUGGAGCAUUAUCUCUAUGGAGACACAGAACUGGAAGUCACCUCUCUAGAAACACAUCUGCAGAAAAUUUACAACAAAAUCCCAGGGACCAGCAACAAUGGAUUAGAGGAGGAGUUUAAGAAAUUGACAUCAAUCAAAAUCCAGAAUGACAAGAUGCGGACCGGAAACCUUCCAGCCAAUAUGAAGAAGAACCGGGUUUUACAGAUCAUUCCAUAUGAAUUCAACAGGGUGAUCAUUCCAGUUAAGAGGGGUGAGGAGAAUACAGACUACGUGAACGCAUCCUUCAUUGACGGCUACCGGCAGAAGGACUCCUACAUCGCCAGCCAGGGCCCUCUUCUCCACACGAUUGAGGACUUCUGGCGAAUGAUCUGGGAGUGGAAAUCCUGCUCUAUCGUGAUGCUGACAGAACUGGAGGAGAGAGGCCAGGAGAAGUGUGCCCAGUACUGGCCCUCUGAUGGACUGGUGUCCUAUGGAGACAUCACAGUGGAGCUGAAGAAGGAGGAGGAAUGUGAGAGUUAUACCGUCAGGGACCUCCUGGUUACCAACACCAGGGAGAACAAGAGCCGGCAGAUCCGGCAGUUCCACUUCCAUGGCUGGCCUGAAGUGGGCAUCCCCAGCGAUGGAAAGGGCAUGAUCAGCAUCAUUGCAGCCGUGCAGAAGCAGCAGCAGCAGUCGGGAAACCACCCCAUCACUGUGCACUGCAGUGCGGGGGCAGGACGGACAGGGACCUUCUGUGCCCUAAGCACAGUCCUAGAACGAGUGAAGGCGGAAGGGAUUUUGGAUGUCUUCCAGACCGUCAAGAGCCUGCGGCUGCAGAGGCCACACAUGGUCCAGACACUGGAACAGUAUGAAUUCUGCUACAAGGUGGUGCAGGAAUAUAUUGACGCAUUCUCAGAUUAUGCCAACUUCAAGUAAGAGGCGAUGAGGCCAUGGACAGGAGAAUUGCCUUUAAUAUUUUGUAAUAUUCUGUUUUGUUAAUAUACCCAAAAUUGUGUAUAUAUCUUAUAACUGUUUUAGAAAUUGGUACAUAGGCUUCUAUUACCUAUUAGGUGGAGAUUUUAUAUGUAAAUGUGUUAGCACUGAUAGUCCUUUUUCCAAUGUUUUAUUGGGGAAUUAAAUAGUGUGAUGUUUGGAUUGAUAUCGUGAAAUCCUCUGCCUGGAAAUUGGGCUCUAGUGUUCUUUGGUUUAUACAUCUUUUCCUAAAGAAGAAACGCAAAACCUGGUUCCAGGUACCUAGGCAUCAACUAAGAAAAAAAGCACAAAGGUAUCAGAGCUCUUGAGGAAAUUGGUUGUCCCAGUCUGCCCCCGGUUCAGGCCACUGUCCCCUCCCUGCUCUGUAAAUAAUCUCUCCCUUCCCCGUCCCUGCCCCCUUCUUGAACCCCCCACAUCCCACCAUGAGGGGUAAAGGGACCAGAGCGGUACCUCUGGCACCACACUAGGGAUUAUCAGGUAAUAAAAGCUUUGACUCCCUGA